GGUUACCGUGAUUCUCUUCUCAUCCCUCUCUCUGCCCCGUAACUUCUUUUCUGGAGGAUCAAACCUGGAACUUAUUUCAUUCCAAUCUUCAUCCGUACCGACCCCUCUACACCGAUAGAAGUUCACAUAUACACUUCCUCCGCCCCCGCUACCAUCCCCGCCUACUACAUCUACCACCCCACAAGCAUGGCCACCUCUACCCUCCGCACUGCCAUCCCCAGGGGCCUUCGCCACUCUUCACUAGUUUUACGACCUAGAUUACUCUCCGGACGGAGUACCUCGCGCAGGCAUUUCUCCGAUGUAAAUCCUAUGCCAAUCUUCCACCUCACCGAGACAGAGGACAUGCUUAGAGAAUCUGUGGGCCGCUUCGCCCGGGAGGUCGUUCUCCCAAAGGUGAGAGAAAUGGACGAGAACGAAAUGAUGGACAGGUCCAUUGUAGAGCAGCUAUUCGAACAAGGUCUCAUGGGAGUAGAAGUUGAAGAGGCAUACGGUGGUUCUGGAAUGGGUUUUGGAGCGGCCGUUGUUGCGAUUGAGGAAUUGGCCAGGAUUGACCCUUCUGUAUGUAAUCAUCCUACUAGAGAGCGGUGUUCGGGAGGAUCAGGGCGCUGAUUUUGGCGACGGGGAAUAAUUGCAGGUCUCCGUGCUGGUAGACGUACACAACACUCUAGUCAAUACUGCCUUCCGCACAUACGGUUCCGCCGUGCUGAAGAAGAAGUACCUACCCAAGCUUGCCACGGGCACCGUUGGCUCCUUCUGUCUCUCAGAACCAGCGUCUGGCAGUGACGCUUUCGCGCUGCAAACUAAGGCCGUUAAGUCCGACUCCGGUGGCUCAUACAAAAUCACGGGACAGAAGAUGUGGAUUACUAACGCCGCCGAGAGUGAGAUCUUCAUCGUCUUUGCGAAUAUCGCCCCCGAGAGAGGGUACAAGGGAAUAACCGCCUUCGUGGUCGAGAAGGGAAUGCCUGGAUUCAAUAUCGCGAAGAAAGAGAAGAAGUUGGGCAUCAGGGCCAGUUCAACAUGUGUUCUGACGUUUGAUGACGUUGAGGUUCCCGCAGAGAAUCUGCUUGGGAAGGAAGGCGAGGGCUAUAAGUAAGGUCUCCCUGUCCUCUGCCUUUUAUGCAUGUUAUCUGAGAACGGUGGGUAGAUACGCCAUCUCCCUCCUGAACGAGGGCCGCAUCGGUAUUGCCGCUCAAAUGACCGGCCUAGCCCUGGGUGCCUGGGAGAAUGCCGUCAAGUACGUUUGGAACGAGCGCAAGCAGUUCGGCCAGUACAUCGGCGACUUCCAAGGAAUGCAGUUCCAGAUCGCGCAAGCCAGAACUGAAAUCGAGGCAGCGCGCGCACUACUCUUCAAUGCUGUCCGAACAAAGGAAGCUGGCGGCGCCCGUGCCGGCGAGGGCUUCGUACGGGAGGCCGCCAUGGCGAAGCUUUACGCUAGCCAGGUCGCGCAGAAGGUUAGCGGCAGCGCGAUCGAAUGGAUGGGCGGAAUGGGCUUUGUCAGGGAGGGGCUGGCAGAGAAAUACUGGAGGGAUUCAAAGAUUGGCGCAAUUUACGAGGGGACUAGCAAUAUCCAACUGCAGACUAUCGCAAAGUUGCUACAGAAGGAGUACAAGCAGCAGUAGGUGUGUGGCGAGCGGGAAGGGAGGUGGGGGAGGGAGUUCCUGUAUUCAUAGCAUUAGAAUGGUUACCAAAAUUCAUGCCAGCGUUCAGACCACCC